UUAUCUUCCCUCAGCAAAACCCUUUAUUCCGGAAGGGUUUUAAGUUUUAACUAACUACAGAAAACCCAAAUGCCUUCGAAAAUGUUGAUAAAAGUCUAAUCUUUUUCUUUCUUCUUCUUCCAAAUGGAGCUUCUAAAUCCUCCAUUUUCCAAGAAAUCUCUUUAUAUCCCACGCUACUCAUUCCCCACUCACAAAUUCUCCAUUACUACUCGAAAAAGCAGAAACCUUACCAAAUUUCACAAAAAACCAUCCAAUUUCUCCUUCUCUGCCACCAGAAAUCUGCAGGUUUCAGCUCACUUUGGAGGACCAACUAAUCGCAGAAAUUCCCUCAGGAAAAAGCUCACUGAUGAUCACCAGGUGACUCAAAAGCUUCCCAUUUCUUUAAUUCCAAGCUCUGAUUCUCAAAGCUUGAAUCUUUAUGCUGAUAAUAUUGUUAUAGCUCAAGAGAAUUUAGAUAAUGAUUGUGUAGAAGAGAGUGAUUCUAGCAAAGAAAAAUCUAAUUUACUUGAUAAGUCAGUGAUGUCAAGUAAGCUAGAGAAUUGGGUUGAUCAGUAUAAUAAAGAUGUUGCAUACUGGGGUAUUGGUUCUGCUCAUAUUUUCACUGUUGUGCAUGAUGUAGAAGGGAAUGUGAAGCGGGUCGUAGUCGACGAGAAUGAAAUUUUGAAUAGAAGUCAAGAAUCUAGGAGUGUGAAUGGAGUGAAUUCGAAAAUUUUGUAUGCUAAGGGUUUGGCUAGAGAGAUGGAGAGAGGAGGAAACGUUAUUCCGAGGAAUAGCUCAGUUGCAAAGUUUGUUGUUUCCGACAAGGAUUUUGGUUUUGUACAAACAAUUCAGAAUGCUGUUCUUAGGCCUGAAGUUAUCCAUGUAGUUUCAGGAUUUGGAAAGAUUGUAUUUUUUGGUUCUGUUGCGAUCUGGGCGCUGAAGAAGCUGUAUUCUUUUAAAAAUAGGGAGGACAAGUUGACGGAAUUAGAGAAGGAAAUGAUGAUGAGAAAGAUAAAGUCUAGAAAAGAGAAAGAUAAGUUGAAGCAAGGUGAAGUGGAAGUUGUUCAAGAGCCUUUGGAAUUGCGGUGGAAGCCAACUGAAAUACCAAAACUGGACAAGCAGGAGCUGAUGAAAAAUAUAUUAGAAUCACAGGCUGGAAAGGAUAAAUUAAUGUCGGUGGGUUCUUCUAGUUCCCAAACUAUCAGAGGUAUGGGAUUGGAUGAAAGAGUUCAGGAAAUUAGAGCAAUGGCAAGGGAAGCUCGGGAAAUUGAGUUACGAGAACAGGCAAUGGCUAAUAAUGAUAAAGAACAGAAACAGACGGUGGCUGUGGAAUCAUCGAGUCAGACAGACAUGAUUGAAGUGCAUUCGGGUGAGGGUGAAAGUGACAUUGCAAAUGGAGAAUCAAGUCAAAGAAAUGAUAAUGAUACUCAAAUAGAGCUGUUAAUUGAUAGACCAGAAGAUGCUGAUAUUGAAUGUCUUCAUAGUGUAUCUUCUGAAAAGGAUGAAGCGGUGCAGUCUAAAAGUUCAAGUUUAGAAGUUUCAAAAGACGUGCAAACUAUGGCAGAUGGUGAAAUUCAGUUUUCGUCUGAUACUCGUGAAUUACACAUGCCUAAUGGCAGUUCUACUACAAUGAAACCAAGGAUAAUACUGUCAAUUAAAGAAGCAAGGGAUUACCUUUCAAAGAAAGGCAACGAAACUUCUCGAGAGCCUCAAAUUGAUACUGAUAAAGAAAGUACCAUCAGUUCAAGUGUGCAUAGUGAUAAAGCAUCUGGUGGUGAAACAAACCAAAGUAAAAGUACAGAUAGAAAAGCAUUUGAACCUAUUGCUUUGCACAGAACGUCCGAUCCUUUACCUGGCGCAGAUAUUCCUGGAGAGGUGAAGAAAACUGUUUUAACCAAUAAAAAUAUUGCCAGUAACUCUGACGAAAAAUCUAAGUUGAAGAAUCUUGGAAAUUCAGAGAGACUUUUUAAUGGCGAUAGCAAUCGCAGUACAGAGCGCAAACAGUCUGUCAAGACAGAAAACUGGAUAGAAAAAAACUUUCACGAAGUUGAACCCAUAAUUAAGAAGAUGGGUGAGGGGAUUAGGGAUAAUUACAAGCUCGCUAGAGACAGAGCAGAUCAGCAUACAGGAACUGAUAUAACGAAUCUUGAGUACAUCAAUGAUGAUAGUGAAUAUGAUUGGAUGAAAGAUGACGAUCUCAGGGAAAUAGUUUUUCAAGUCCGAGACAAUGAGUUGUCAGGAAAGGAUCCAUUUUAUCUCAUAAAUGCUGAAGAUAAACUGAAAUUCUUCAAAGGACUUGAGGAGAAAGUGGAGAAAGAGAAUGAAAAGUUGCUUCGAGUGCAUGAGUACCUCCAUUCAAAUAUUGAAAAUCUUGACUAUGGUGCAGAUGGAAUCAGCUUGUAUGAUGAGCCAGAAAAAUUUAAACCACGCUGGAAAAGGCCUCCAUUAGAAAAGAAUCCUGAGUUCCUGACCAACUCGCAAAAACAACAAACAGAUAUUAAUGGGAAUGCAGACAAUAACUUGAUCCAAAAAUCAACAGAAUCCCUGGUCAAUGAGAAUUCUGUCAAUUCGUUGUCAGACAAUGUUGCAGGGAGAAAUACACGUAAUAAGGAUGCUAAAGGUUCCAAGACGAUUAUUGAAGGUAGUGAUGGCUCUGUUAGAGCUGGAAAAAAAUCAGGUAAGGAGUUUUGGCAACACACAAAGAAAUGGUCUCGUGGAUUUUUGGAAUCUUAUAAUGCAGAGUCAGACCCAGAAGCAAAAUCCAUCAUGAAGGAUAUGGGGAAGGAUUUGGAUAGAUGGAUCACUGAAGCUGAAAUACAGGAGGCUGCUGAUCUAAUGAAUAAAUUGCCCGAGAGAAAUAAGAAAUUUAUGGAGAAGAAAAUGGACAAACUUAAAAGGGAAAUGGAAUUGUUUGGACCACAAGCUGUUGUGAGCAAGUACCGUGAGUAUGCUGACCAUAAGGAAGAAGACUACUUAUGGUGGUUAGAUCUUCCACAUAUACUGUGUAUUGAGUUGUAUGCAACUCAAAAUGGGGAGGAUCAAAUAGGAUUUUAUUCAUUGGAGAUGGCUGCUGAUCUUGAACUGGAACCAAAACCACGUCAUGUAAUUGCUUUCGAGGAUGCUGGUGACUGCAAAAACUUCUGUUACAUUGUUCAAGCUCACAUGGAUAUGCUUGCAAAUGGCCAUGCAUUUGUUGUUCCGAGGCCUCCAAAGGAUGCCUUUCGGGAUGCCAAAGCAAGCGGGUUUGGGGUAACUGUUAUAAGGAAAAAGGAGCUCCAACUGAAUAUAGACUCUCUGGAAGAGGUAGAGGAACAAAUCACAGAGAUUGGGAGCAAAAUGUACCAUGAUGGGCUCAUGCGGGAGCGUUCUAUUGAUAUAAGCGCACUGACAAAAGGUGUUUUCGGUUUUAAGGGCCAACCUGCUAGUGCUAAGAGGAAGAAAAAGACCAAGCGGGCGCUGAAGAAGCCUAGAAAUAACGGAAGAUAACGUUUGGGAGCUGAUUAACUUCCAGUUCCACCACCAAUUUCCAUCACCACAUUCAACUGGAAAAUUGUGUUAUGACAAGGAUGAAGAGAUGCAGAAAUGGAUCAACAUCUAAAAUUGCUCAAGUUAUAUUAUUUAAUGAUAUGUAAUCAUCAAAAUCAAGGAGUUCUAUUUUCUCCUAUUACUGAACAGAUAUCAUAUAAAUGCUACAGAGCAAAUGUACAAAAGAAAUACAAUACAAUUAUGUCCAAUUGUCUGAUAUUCAUGAUAAAGGAAUCAGGUUCUUCACUUCAA